UUCUGCAUGAUUGCAUCAAACUGAGUUGAUACAUCGCGCCUCAAAAUACCACGUCUGCGACCGACUUGAGAACGUGAUUAAAGGAAAUUUUCCUCGGGAGGAAUGAAAAGGAUUUGCCCUGAAUAAGUUCGUCCGGGAGGAAGAAGUGGCGCGAUCAUCCUGUUUAUAUUUUUUCCCCUCUUCAAAGGUGUGUGCCUCCUGCCCCUCCCCCACCACGGCCCUCACCUGUGUGUUGCGGUGCUUCCCCUGCGAGCCGACCUGGGCCGGCAGCCCCUUCCUGCACCGCCCGCCGACCCCGCCCAUGGUCACUAUGACGCGCUCCAAAACCUUCCAGGCCUACCUGCCCAGCUGCCACCGCACCUACAGCUGCAUCCACUGCCGAGCACACCUGGCCAACCAUGAUGAGCUCAUCUCCAAGUCCUUUCAAGGAAGUCAAGGUAGAGCUUAUCUGUUCAACUCAGUGGUGAAUGUGGGCUGUGGGCCGGCAGAGGAGAGGGUGCUGCUCACGGGGCUUCAUGCUGUAGCAGACAUCUACUGUGAGAACUGCAAGACCACGCUGGGAUGGAAAUACGAGCAUGCCUUUGAGAGCAGUCAGAAAUACAAGGAGGGGAAGUUCAUCAUCGAGUUGGCUCACAUGAUCAAGGACAACGGCUGGGAUUAAAACGAGCCACGAGGAGCGUCGACGAUUUGGGUGGGGAGGGAGGGGGCAUAAAAAAACACAAGGGAUGAUGGGAGUUCUUAUGGCGGAUGUGUGGGUGAAUGUGUGAACUUUUGGUUGUUCAUUACCCCCCCCCCAUGCCCUGUCCCCCCCACCUGUGUUCACCCUUCUACCCUGCCGAAAACAAACACACACACAGACACACACUUUUACUCACAUUUGCACAGUACCCAUCGGCGACAUGGGGACAGUGAGGAGAAGAUACGCAGGACGUGUGUGUGUAGGUCGAAAGCGUCGAAGGUUGCACGCGAGUUCAGGUGGGCACAUGACUGUUGCAGUACCUCAGUUUACACGCAAAAACACAGAUACACCCACAAACGCAGAUGUACAGCUGCAUCUUGAGGUUCACAAUGUAGAAGCAAGCUCACACACACACACACACACACACACAAACACACACACACGCACACACUCUGAACCAGACGGACAGGACACAAACAUAUGAACCAAAUCUGAGUGUGGGUGGGCGUUAGACGGCCCUAACGUGUACGCCACUGAGAAAGGCCAGGCUUUUGACAGGAUCAGGGGCUCUGGGUUACAGAGCUGAUGGGGUUUCUCUCUCAACCACUCUGUGUGUGUUUGUGAGUGUGUCUGUAUGUGUGUGUGUGUGUGUGUAUGUGUGUGUGUGGACGUGCUUUUCUAAGACGAUUAUCCCCAAAUCCACCAACUGGGGCAGCCCUAUGCCAGCUGUGCCACAGAUGAGCUCUGGCACUGGAAGGGGCAUUGCACUACAGUGCAUCAGAGCAUGUCAAAGGGGGGAAGGGGCAUCAUGAAUGACAGAGAGAGAGAGAGGGAUAAAGAUAGAUAGAGGAGGAGAGAAAGAGAGAGAGAUUCCCCAAAUCAGAUCUCAGUGAGCCAUACAUAGGCAGAGAGACUCCAAGAGUGUGGUGUGACUUAUGAUAAAUGACUUAAGUACAAUGAGAAUGUGGUCUUGGAAAGAUGAUGGAACUUCCAAAUGACCCCCCGGUUUACCCUCCAGUGUCCUUUUCCCAUUUCUGAGAGUCUAUUAGCUCCAUUGGUACCAGGUACCAGUCUUCUUGACCUCGCAUCAGUUAACAGCCAUGUAAAUGACAUUAUGUGCAGUCAUGAGAGUAUAUUUAUUUUUUUGGUGUCGUGUCCAGAUCCGUGUGUUGUCCAGUGGGUCUGUCGUGGCAGUUGCACCCAUGACCACUGUUUUGUUACUGUAGUGGUGUCUGUAGCAGGUAUUGGCGUCUGUGGGAGACACUAUGGACUGACGGGAAACAGGCGAAGGUAGCGAAAAUUGUGUCUGCAGCUCGGUCGAUAUAGUCCGUGAUGAUCUUAGUAAACUGUUACACUGCCUCUCUAAACCAAUCUAACUUUGAAACACACCUAAAUAGUAACCAACCAACCAAUCAACCCAACCCCAACCUAUUGACCCAUUCACUUUCUUCAUUCUUGCUGGAGAGUCCCUCAGUAACCAAGGCAACAGACAGUUGAGACACACAGUUCGGUGCUCUCUUGAGUCCCCUGAACACAACCAAAGAACUCACCCAUCUAUGGUAAGCAGACCAAAACUGAAGAUCCCGCUAAUGCUGGGGGGGAGGGGGCAGAGAGUUGCGGACAUUCUGGUUGGAAUAUCUGAAAGCCAAGCUUCUGGAUAGCCUUUUCUCUCUGAGAUAAAAAACAAUGCAUUGUUUGCUUUUGUAAAUGACAGAUGAUAAUAUAUAAAUAUAUAAAUAUAUUCACAUUAUAUAUAAAGCAUUAUAAUUUAUGUUGAUUGACCUCUGUGUUCAAUGACAUGUAAAUAGCUAUGUGUAAUGUCUGUAUUAUUUAUGAUUAUUAUUUUAGCAUAUGCCAUGCUUUCUGUGUCAGACCCCAUCACUGGGUGUAUGAUAUUUGCUACUUUUUUACUCUUUGAAAAAUGUUUCAAUUUUAGUGUCUUUUCUAAAGGACGAGGAGAUGUUGACAGUACAAUUGGAACCUCAUCAAAUAAAAGCAAACCC